AUGUAUCAGGAGGUGGCCUUUCUGGCAGGGAGCACAGACCACCAGUUCACCAGCUUCCAUUUCAACCGCGUGGAGAACCCACAAGAGGUCACCUCCAAGAAGGGCUUGUUCUACAAAAGAGCCCAGCUUCUGCUGCAGCCUCAGCCGCCAGCCGGAGACCAGAUCGGCCUGGCUGACAGGGCGGCCAUUAUCAAUGUGGGGGGCAUAAAGUACCACAUCCCCUGGUCUACGCUGGAUGAGUUCCCCAUGACGCGCCUGGGUAGGCUGCGCGGCUGCAGCAGCGAGGCGGAGAUCAUGGACGUGUGCGACGACUACGACGGCAGCCGCAACGAGUAUUUCUUUGACCGAAGCCCGUCCGCCUUCCGCAUCAUUGUGACGUUCCUGGCCGCUGGGAAGCUCAGGCUUCUGAGGGAGAUGUGCGCCUUGUCCUUCCAGGAGGAACUGCUGUACUGGGGGGUGGAGGAGGACAACCUGGAGUGGUGCUGCCUCAGGAAGCUGCGCCUCCGGCAGGAGGAGUACAAAGAGCAGCAGAGGCUGGAGGAGGAGGAGGCCGAGCUCACCUCGCCCCAGAGCUGCGAAGAGAGCCAGCAGCCCCCGGGGGGGCCGGAGGAGACCUUCACAGGGGGCUGCAUGCGGAGGCUGAGGGACAUGGUGGAGAACCCCCACUCCGGCCUGCCGGGGAAAAUCUUCGCCUGUCUGUCGGUGUUGUUUGUAGCCAUCACUGCUGUGACACUGUGUAUCAGCACAAUGCCCGACCUCAGAGAGGAAGAGGAGAGGGGGGAGUGCUCCCAGAGGUGCUUCAACAUCUUCGUCCUGGAGACGGUGUGCGUGGGCUGGUUCUCGCUGGAGUUCCUGCUGCGCUUCAUCCAGACUCAGAGCAAGUGCGCCUUCCUGCGCACGCCUCUCAACGUCAUCGACGUGGUGGCCAUCCUCCCCUACUACAUCACCCUCAUCGUGGACGCCCUGUCGGUGGGGGAGAAGCCCUCGGGGUCGGGGAACAACUACCUGGAGAAGGUGGGGCUGGUGCUGAGGGUCCUGCGGGCCCUGCGGAUCUUCUACGUGAUGAGGCUGGCCCGCCACUCGCUGGGCCUGCAGACGCUGGGCCUGACGGUGCGGCGGUGCACGCGGGAGUUCGGCCUGCUGCUGCUCUUCCUGUGCGUGGCCAUGGCGCUCUUCUCGCCCCUGGUCUUCCUGGCCGAGAGCGAGAUGGGCGCCAAGCAGGAGUUCACCAGCAUCCCCGGCAGCUACUGGUGGGCGGUCAUCUCCAUGACCACGGUGGGCUACGGGGACAUGGUCCCGCGGAGCAUCCCGGGCCAGGUGGUGGCGCUCAGCAGCAUCCUGAGCGGGAUCCUGCUCAUGGCCUUCCCCGUCACCUCCAUCUUCCACACCUUCUCGCGCUCCUACGUGGAGCUGAAGGAGGAGCAGAGCCGGGCCUCGCGGCAGAAGCCCGACUCCCAGGACAGCACCAAGUCCCAGAACAGCGAGGACUCCCAGGAGACCGACAGCUUCCGCGGGCUCACCGAAGCCGCCGCCGCCGCCGCCGCCGCGCAGCGCCGCAAGUCCAUGGCCGCCCAGCGGGCCGCCGAGGUCAGGGCCGCCACGCAGACGUAG